UGGCCCCUAUACUGCCUCCCUCAUGCUGCUGCCAGGUCCAGAGUCUCUCAUGGGCCCCUAUACCGCCUCCCAUCAUGCUGCUGCCAGGCCCCUAAUCUGCCAUGGGCCCCUUUACCGCCUCCUCACGCUGCUGCGCAAGGUCCACAGUGUCUCAUGGGUCCCUGUACCGCCUCCCAUUGCUGCUGCCAGGCCCCUAAUCUUCCAUGGGCCCCCGUACCGCCUCCUCAUGCUGCUGCCAGGCCCCUAAUCUGCCAUGGGCCCCUGUACCGCCUCCUCACGCUGCUGCCAGGUCCACAGUGUGUCAUGGGUCCCUGUACGGCCUCCCAUUGCUGCUGUCUCCAUCGCCACACUCUGCCAUGUGCCACUUUCAGGUCUCCUCACACUCCUGCUGGUUUCCAUUUUGUCAUAGGGUGCUGUAUGCCCUCCCAUUGCUGCUGCCUCCACCGCCACACUGUGGCUCCACACUCUGGUUUUGGCCCCGUGACUGCCCAAAUGAGUGAAGUGUGCGGUGAUUCUAAGAUCGACGGCACUCAUCUGCAUGUCAUACUGAGUGACAGUAUUAUUUCUCUUCCCCAGCAGACUCCAAGGCAUUUAAAUUAAAGGUACAGUGUUCUGCACUAAUAUAA